AGGCCGUUAAAAAUUAUUUGAGCACCAACACCACGAUGAUUGAUUGUUUACAUUUAGAGAAGUGCAGGUUGUUGAGGGAGAGGAAAACGGUGGUUGAUCACGUAGGCCUAGCCUUGGCUGACUAGAAGGAAAUUGGUUUAUAAGCAACAGUAUUUUCGCUGCCCAGUAUUUUUACAAAGCUAAGUGAAAAUGGGUUCAACUAGGCAAUCAGUUCAAAGCCUUAUGAAAAUCCUAGCUAGUGCAGGAUGUCGCUGCCCUGCACAUUCUCAAGCAUUCUCUGCCCCUUUACAGAGAAUGGAUUGCUCCACACAACCAACUGCUAAAGAGUAUGCCUUUGAGAUGGCUUGUUCAAAUAUCCGUUAUGGUGAAGGAGUAACACAAGAGGUUGGAAUGGACUUUAAGAACCUUGGUGCCAAGAAUAUUUGUGUCAUCACUGAUAAAAAUCUUGCAAAACUUCCACCUAUGCAAACUGUGCUAGACUCACUCCAGAAACAAAAGCUGAACUUUCAAGUGUUUGAUGAUAUCAGAAUUGAGCCAACAGAUAUCAGUUUCAAGCAAGCUAUCACAUUUGCCAAGAAUGGUAAUUUUGAUGCGUAUCUUGCUGUUGGUGGUGGUUCUGUAAUGGACACUUGUAAAGCGGCAAACCUAUAUGCCAGUAACCCUGAUGCUGACUUCCUGGACUUUGUGAAUGCUCCAAUAGGGAAAGGAAAGCCUGUGACAGGCACUGUGAAGCCGUUGAUUGCAGUUCCAACAACAUCUGGUACUGGUAGUGAAACAACUGGGGUUGCAAUCUUCGACCAUACAGAGUUGAAAGCUAAAACAGGUAUUGGUAGCCGUGCUAUUCGUCCACUACUGGGCAUAGUAGAUCCCCUUCACUGCAGAUACAUGCCAAACAGAGUAGCUGCUUACAGCGGAUUUGACGUCUUAUGUCAUGCUCUGGAGUCGUAUACAGCCAUCCCGUAUCAGGAGCGUACGCCGAGGCCAAUGGACCCCAUACAGAGACCAGCCUACCAGGGCAGCAACCCCAUCAGUGAUAUAUGGUCCCUCCAUGCAUUACGGAUAAUUAAGAAAUAUUUUAGAAGAGCGGUGCAGGACCCUGAUGACUUCGAAGCAAGAUCCAACAUGCACUUGGCAAGUGUGUUUGCUGGCAUUGGCUUUGGAAACGCUGGAGUACAUCUAUGUCAUGGGAUGUCUUAUGCUGUCGCAGGUCAGGUGAAAACCUACAGAGCUAAACAAUAUGAUGUGGACCACGCUAUGGUACCUCAUGGUCUGUCUGUUGUAAUGACAGCUCCAGCUGUGUUCCAGUACACAGCAUCAGCUUGCCCAGAGCGACAUAUAGAGGCAGCUAACAUCUUGGGCAAAGACACCACUAAUUGCAAACGGGAGGAUGCAGGCCUGGUGUUAUCUGAUGCCCUUCGCCAGUUUAUGCAUGACCUUGAAAUUGAAGAUGGACUGACUGCUCUGGGAUACACCAAAGAUGAUGUGCCUGAACUAGUGAAGUCAACACUGCCUCAGCAUCGUGUUACCAAACUGUCACCAAGACUGUUAGCAGAGGAACAUCUUCACCAGCUCUUCAACGAUUCAAUGAAAGUUUACUAAUGUAAACUUAAAAACAUCAAUUACUUGCGAUUAGUGAUUAAAAUUAUGUCUUCUAGUGCAAGAUAUUUUCUCCAACAAGAGAUGACACUAUUUAGAAUGUACUAUCACAUACUGAAACAGAAAAUCUACUACAUGCAUUUGUUUGACCUCUCAUCUCUUCAUGUUGUAGACAUUUUUGUGCUAUUUCUGGAUUUAGGAAAAAUCAUAUUUUAAAUAUCUUUUAAGAAAAACUAUAUUUUAAAGUCAAGCUCCAGAGGGAAAAAUAUUGUUGAUAUGUUGUUCAACUGAUUUUUCUGAAAUACAAGAAGUGUGUUUAACGAAAAACUCAGGAAUGGGUUAAUGAGAAACAGAUUUAAAGAUGUAAAAUUCUAAAUUCUUAGCUUGCUUGUAUCAUUUAUAUAUUUGACUCCUUUAUUUGAUGCAUUUUGCAUUGGUUAACCUUGAUUUAUUUUUUACAUAUAGUUAUUUUUAUUAUUUUCUUAUGAUUAUAGGUCACAAUGAGUAAUAAUACAAGUGUGAUUUACAGUAUAAUAUUUUUUAAAAUGUUUAGCAUUCUUUAUUUUAUGUUAAUUUGACUUUUCCUUUAAUUCAUUUAGUUAUCAUUUGUGGCCUUUAUC